UGAGCGCGCUCACAAGGCUUUGCGCUCGUUCGUGUGCGCAGCUACAGCCGAGAGGGGUGAUGCACGUGAAGAGGGACUCUUAAGUUGUUGUAGUCGGGGUAUCGCUUCACGAAGAGGCGCAGCUCUCCGGUUGGACGCACGGGCGCACGGGGGAGAAACUAAACACCCAGCGGAAGGAUGCUGAGCGGAGCGGAUCCAGGAGCUGCAGCCUCACCUCGUCAACUCAACACGGCUCCGUCCUCCUGUAACUUUUAACGCACUGAAGUUGAUCCAGCUCUCUGUCGCUCUCUGCUCGCCUCUGCCAUGGCUGCUUCGUCAGCCCGCGGUGCUCUCUUUCUGUGCGCCUUCCUCCAGCUGUUCUCCCUGCCCGGCGGACAGGUGCCAAACUGCCAGGAAGUGCGCACCGUGUUCCAGUCCCUCCACCCGGGCUCCAAAUGGGUCCCCGAAACCCCAGUGUCAGGUUCGGAUCUGCAGGUUUGCCAAACAAAAGGCCCGACCUGCUGUUCCAAGAAGAUGGAGGAGCGGUAUCAGGUAGCCGCACGCAGCAACAUGGAGUCUGGUCUGCAGGUGGUCAGCGCUCAACUCAAACGCCUCAUCAUCCAGAACGCUGCCAUUUUCCAAGAGGCCUUUGACCUGGUGCUGCGUCAUGGACGCAACUCCACCCUGGCUAUGCUGAAGUCGGAGUUCCCAGGGCUCGGAGCUGGGGCCCAGAGCUCGGUCGGGCAGCUCUUCCUCGACAUGGCGCUUUACAUCCUUGGCUCAGAUUCCACAGUGGACCACAUGGUGGCGGUGCUCUAUGGCCGCCUCUUCCCCCUUGCAUACCGCCGCCUGCUGGGAGGCAGUGUGUCCGCUGCGACUGAGGAAUGUAUAAGAGGAGCCUGGAAGGACUCAGCAGCAUUUGGUCCUUAUCCCAAAUUGAUGAUGACCCGUCUGUCCCGUUCCCUCCUGGCCACGCGGGUCUUCCUGCAGGCACUGAACUUGGGCAUUGAGGUUGUGAACACGACGGACCACCUGCGGCCCAGCCGGGACUGUAGCAGGGCCCUGCUGAGGCUGUGGUACUGCCCGCACUGCCAGGGCAUGCUGGGGCCGCCAGCCUGCAGAGGCUUCUGUCAGGCAGUGAUGCAGGGCUGCCUGGGGGGAGCGGCCGAGGUGCAACCUCAUUGGAGGACAUACGUAGACGGACUGGGGAAGCUGGCUGGUUCCAUGAGGGGAGAGCAGGACAUGGAAGCUGUCGUUCUUAGACUCCCCUCAAUGAUCAAACUGGCUCUCAAGCACGCUGUGAACGCACGCAGCCGCCUUACUGCCCUGGUGAAUGGGAUGUGCGGGCAGACUCCUCAGCGGGCCUCCCGUUCAGUCGGGGCCCCUCCUCCUCCUCAGCCGCCCGCAGCCUCUGCCGCCCGCAGUGUACAGACCUCACCCUCAGGCGACUCUGAUGAGACUUUGGCUGGCCUCCGCAGGGAGUUCAUAUCCAACCUGAGGGGCUUCAGCUCCUUCUACAGUGGUCUUGGGGAGGCAUUGUGCAGCCGAGAGCCUGCACCAGCAAACCACUCCCUCUGCUGGAACGGGCAGGAGAUGACAGACAGGUUUCCCGGGCCCAGCCUGAAGCGAGUGCACCCAGGCUCUGAGUCCAAAAGCAACAAGCCCCCUGAGCCAAUCAUCAGCCAGAUCAUAGACAAACUCAAACACAUCAACCAGCUGCUGCGGCUUGUGACGGUAUCUGAGAAACGCUGGCGAGCCCGGUCCCGUGGUGGCGGAGUGGACGGGUGGAGUGACGAUGGGGACGAGGGAUUCCAGAGCGGCGACUGUGACGAUGAAGACGAAUGCACUGGAGUGUCAGGGCUGGGGCCGCCCCCGAGACGCAAGCGGCUGCGCAUCUUUGCAGAUCUCGCUGAUAACCUGGCAAUGGAAGACUUCACCUUCCAGGAGCAGCUGCUGACCCCCCGGCUCGCCACAGCUGGCGUCGGAGGCGUCUCCUCACCCACGGCUCCGCUCAGGAGGAGCUACCUGGUCCUGACGCUCCAUGUGACGCUGGCUCUGCUGCUGCUAUGUCUCCACUGACCUGUGCACUCACACUCUCUCAUCACCUCUUUACCUUAGGAUUCAAUAUAAACUCUGUGGAACAUGUCAAACUUUGGAUCAUCGAAAGGAAGCAUGAACUACAGAAAUUGGUACAUUCCUUCAGAAAGAACUUGUUUUGUUUUAUUAAAAAUCACUCGACAAACGUAUAAAAGCACACCAGAUAACCCCUUGGCGUUGUGUAAAUAAGAAACCCAUCUUCUGGUCCGCUCCCACUAUACCCUCUUAUUCACUGGUCAAAAAACCCACUAACACCCACUUACUUCUGGCUUUUGUCUGCAAUGUGAAUGGAUAUAAUCAGCAUUCUAUCCUGGGUAUCCCGCAGUAGAUGCAGGUUUUUAUCAGCUCGGGCAGUGAUGGAAAUGUGACACCAGGGUGAACAUAUACUUGCCUACUCUGGUGUAAAAAGAGGUAUGUGGUAGUGACUAUAUUUGUGCCCUGUCGCCUCACCUCCUCUUUGCCCUCAUACUGACAUUUAUAGUUACAAUGUGGCAAAGACCCCCCAUCAUUAGUCAACUCUGACAUGGGGCCCGUAAGGGAAGCACUUCUUGGGAAAACAGACACUCAACUGC